GAGCCAACAACAAAACCCAAUCUCCCCUCCCCCGUCUCUCUAUAAAAUCCUAUUUACUUACUAAUCAAUCAAUUCCACACACCGUUUAUGGAAGAAAUGGAGCCGCUGAUUUUCGGGUCCGGUUCUUAUUACACCAUUCUCGGAGUUGGGUCGGAUUCUUCACCCGAAGAUAUUCGUAGCGCUUUUCGGCGACUCGCAAUGCGAUGGCAUCCAGAUCGAUGGGCCAGAAGAAGGGCUUCCCCUGCUUUGUUGAGUGAAGCCAAAGCCAAAUUCCAGCAGAUUCAACAAGCUUAUUCAGUUUUAUCGGACCAGAGGAAGAGAGCAAUGUAUGAUGCUGGGCUCUAUAAUCUUGACGACGAUGACGACGAUGUUCACAAUCAGGGAUUCUAUGAUUUUAUGCAAGAAAUGGUGUCACUUAUGGCUAAAGUAAGGAAUGAGGAUUGCAAGUCCAACAGCCUGGAGGAGCUGCAGACAAUGCUAACGGAGAUGGCCCAAGGCUUUUGAUUCUCUUUUGUCUUCUUUCUAUUACGGGCCAGUAUUUUAGGCAGCCCAUUUUUGAAAUAUGCUUUUACUUCGGGGCCCAGUUGAAACCCAUUACUAUUGUGAAGCCUCACACGGCCCACGUUUAAGAUGCUUGUAAAUAUGAAUGGUAGAGAGAAAUCAGAUUUGUUCAUUCACUUUUAUUUUCAUCUAAUAAUUAUUCGUCGAUAUUA